AUGGCGAGUCAUGGCGUCCGCCGCUUCAAACCGGUGGAGAAGACUCCAGAAGAGCACCAACGAGAGUUGAAGCAAAUUGAAGAGUACAAAACUCUCGAAAACUCUGUGUCUGAAAAGGUGGCCGCACAAGAGUAUUCUACCGAGACAUUGAGGCAGAUCUGCGAUUUGCUGAGUCGCAACCCAGAAUAUUACACUGUCUGGAACUACCGGCGACAGGCCAUUCGGCAUCAAUUCUCCACAGCAGGGGGAGAUGCGGGAGACUCCGCGGAGAGUGCGGCCGAGUCGAUUGUCCAACUGAUCAAGGAUGAUCUGAUGUUCCUCAUCCCCUUGCUCAGGAGCUUCCCCAAAUGUUAUUGGAUUUGGAAUUAUCGCCUCUGGUUACUGGAUGAAGCUCGGCGACUACUGCCCCAACCCGUUGCCCGUCGGUUCUGGCAGGAAGAACUGGGAUUGGUGGGCAAAAUGUUGACUCUCGACAGUCGCAAUUUCCACGGCUGGGGAUAUCGACGGCUCGUCGUGGAGACCUUGAAGCAAUUGGGAUCGGAAGAGGAAUCCAGAAACAUGACCCAGCAAGAAUUCGACUACGCAAAGAAAAUGAUCGGCGCCAACCUAUCGAAUUUUUCCGCGUGGCACUACCGCACCAAGCUUAUUCUCCGGUUAUUGGAGGAACAAUCAGCCAGUGAUGAGGAACGCCGGGCUAUGUUGGACGAUGAGCUGGCUCUCAUUCACCAAGCCCUGAUUGAUCCUUACGAUCAAUCAUUAUGGUUUUACCAUCAGAACUUGAUUUGCGUCUUUGAUCCGGCGUUGGCGGCUCGGACCAUGGCUCCGAACCUGGGGACGUCAGAGCGACUUCAGUAUUUGCGGGGGGAGAUUGCCGAGAUCGAAGAAAUGCUAGAUGGGGCUGAAGAUUGCAAGUAUAUCUAUCAGUCCUUGAUCGAAUGCACGUUGUUGGUCUCCAAAGUCGCGGGCCACAUGGCCUCUGAAGAUCACAGGCAGGUUCUGAGCUGGCUCUCGGAGCUGAAGCAGUUGGACCCACUGCGGCGACAACGAUGGCUUGACUUGGAGAUAACAUUGCAAUCCGAAAUCACAGCAGCUACCUAA